AUGGCUUCUAACGAUAAGCUUAAUCCUUCCAGAGUAGCGAUCAUUGGUGCUGGUGUUAGCGGUUUAGCAGCCGCUAAACACUUAGCUCAUCACAACCCGAUUGUUUUCGAAGCCUCGGAUUCGGUAGGAGGUGUUUGGAAGAGCUGCACUUACGAGACGACUAAGUUACAAUCGACUCGAGUGGAUUAUGAGUUCUCUGACUUUCCAUGGCCCAAUAGAGAUGACACUACUUUCCCAUCUUACGUUGAGAUAUUAGAGUACUUGGAAUCUUAUGCUAAGCAUUUUGAUCUCCUUAAAUUCAUGAAGUUUGGCUCUAAGGUCAUCGAAGUUAGGUACACCGGUGAUGGUGGAACUCCACAGAUGGCUGCUGACCUUGGUGCUUACGGCAACUUUUUGUCCGGAAAACCUGUAUGGGAAGUUGCCGUUCAAAAUGGGGAUGCUGGAGAGAUUCAGUGGCAUGCAUUUGAGUUCGUGGUAGUGUGCACUGGAAAAUACGGUGAUGUACCAAGAAUACCGACGUUUCCUGUGAAUAAAGGGCCGGAGAUAUUCAAAGGGAAAGUGAUGCAUUCGAUGGAUUAUUGCAAACUAGAGAAAGAAGAAGCUUGUCAUCUCCUCCGUGGAAAGAAAGUCGCCGUCAUUGGCUUCAAGAAAUCAGCCAUUGAUUUGGCUUUAGAGUCUGCUUUAGCAAAUCAAGGAGAAGGUGGGCAAGCGUGCACAAUGGUGGUGAGAACGACACAUUGGGUGGUCCCACAUUAUUGGGUGUGGGGCUUACCAUUCUUCUUGUUCUACUCUACAAGAGCUUCUCAAUUCCUCCAUGAUAGGCCUAACCAAAGCUUCAUUAGAACUUUCUUUUGCCUCCUAUUCUCUCUUCUGCGUGCAGUGGUUUCCAAAUUCAUUGAAUCAUAUGUUAUGUGGAAGCUUCCUUUAGAGAAAUAUGGUCUUAAACCGGACCAUUCUUUUGAAGAAGACUAUGCCUCUUGCCAAAUGGCCAUAAUGCCUGAGAAUUUCUUUAAGGAAGCGGAUAAAGGGAUGAUCCGGUUUAAGAAAACAUCAAAAUGGUGCUUUUAUGAUCAAGGGAUUGAGCUUGAGGAUGGGACUACGUUAGAAGCUGAUGUUGUGAUACUUGCAACUGGUUAUGAUGGCAAGAAAAAGCUCAAAGCCAUUGUUCCUGAACCCUUUCGAAGUUGGCUUGAGUUUCCAUCCGGUGUUAUGCCUCUAUACAGGGGAACAAUCCAUCCACUGAUACCAAACAUGGGUUUUGUGGGAUACGUUCAGAGCAACUCAAACCUACACACGUCAGAGCUACGUUCGCUGUGGUUAAGCCGGCUCGUGGAUGGAAAAUUCAAAUUACCGAGCAAAGAGAAAAUGUUGGAUCAAUUCUCCAAGGAAAUGGAAGUGAUGAGAAGAUCGAGCCGAUUCUAUAAACGUCAUUGCAUUUCUACCUUCAGCAUCCAACAUGCCGAUGAUUUGUGCAAUGAUAUGGGACUCAAUCCUCGUCGUAAAUCCAACUUGUUUCUCGAAGCCUUUAGUGCUUAUGGUUCUCAAGAUUAUCGACUCAAUCAAGAAGAAAAAAACUAAUUGAAUAUAGUACUAGUGAAAAAAAAAUAACGAACUUAGAUCUGAUGCAUGUGUAUCGUGUAAAAUAAUAAAACUGUGUCAGUGAGUCAUUGAAUAAUCAUGUAUGUUUGGCUUUUAUAAAAAUAUUCUGUACACUCUUGUAAUUGUUUGAAUAUAUAAAGGUGUAUCAAUUUUAG